AUGGCAUCCACCUCGGCGAUCUCGAUGGCGGUGCCCGCAACCGCAGCAGUGGCGGGGAGGAGAAUCGGCGCCGCCGCCGCGCCUUUGGGCGGCUGCUUGACCUUGAAUAGGACGCACUCCGGCGGGGCCAGGGCCGGAGGGCGCCUCCAGAUCAGGACGGCAGCCGGCGGCGACAAGGCGGCGGCGGGGUUGACGGCGGCGGCGAUCGCGGCGGCGCUGGUACUGCCAGAGAUGGCGGAGGCGGCGCAGCCGGGGAUCUCCCCGUCGCUGAAGAACUUCCUGCUCAGCAUCGCCUCGGGGGGGCUCGUGCUCGGGGUGAUCCUCGGGGCCGUCAUCGCCGUCUCCAACUUCGACCCUGUUAAGCGGACCUGA